AUGGGUAUGGCAGUAAUGGAAUUAAUCGAUAAAUCGCCAACUUCUGGUAUAAAACAGCCAAUCCAAGUGGUUUCUUUUGGAAAUCACCAAGGCGAAUUUAUACAAGGUGGUGUUAAGAUUAAAGAAAGUGGUUCAGAUCAGACAAGUGAAAACGUAGGAAAGGAGGGACCCGAGGAGUGGUACACCGCGGAGAAAGUAGUCAUAACUUCAGACAUUUUAGAAAACUUGGAUGUAUACAAGUUAAAUGCAACCACCUUGAAUGUUGGUGACUUGCCCAUACAUCAUGUAGUGACGGGAUUCCUAUUACAACACAUCACCAGCAACAGUGGGGAUAAUAAAGAUAUUUCGAAAGCCGAGCAAACGCACUCUGAUCUUAUACCAGGAGUUUACGAAGGAGGUGCAAAAAUCUGGGAAUGCACUGAAGAUCUACUCAAGUACUUGGCGAAAAAUUUUAAACCACAAUCAUGGCGCGGCAAAAGAGUGUUGGACCUAGGCUGUGGUGCAGGUUUGCUCGGCAUUUAUGCAUACAGAUGUGGCGCUAUUGUGCAUUUUCAGGAUUAUAAUAAAGAUGUGCUGACACAAAUUACAAUACCAAAUGUGCUCUUAAAUGUAGUUGACGUGAAACCAGCAAAAGACGAUUCCAACUCGGAGGAUGCGACUGAGUCAAAAGUUCACCAAGUUUAUACUGAUGACUUAGGAAAAAAUCUAGAAUUUUAUUCGGGCGAUUGGUCCAAAUACUCGGAGUUGACUUCUGAAAGUGUAGAGUGCAAAAGUGAUAAAUUUGAUUAUAUAUUAGCAUCAGAGACUAUUUACAAUCCAAAAAAUCAGCAAAAACUCUUAGAUACAUUUUAUGUAAAACUAAAGCCAGAUGGUGUAGUUUUAGUCGCGGCAAAAACAUACUAUUUUGGAGUUGGGGGUGGACUAAGACAAUUUGAAACCUUGAUUGCAAAUGAUAAACGCUUUCAGAGCAAUGUGGUCUGGACAAGCACGGAUGGUGUGGGACGGGAAAUAUUAGAAUUAAAAUUAAGUGAACAAUAAACACAUGUUUUAGUUGUUAGUAAAACUAGUAAAAGACGACCUUAAAACAGAAACAAUUUGAUUUCAAACCAAUUUCAGUACUUUUAAUACACACAUUCAGAGAAAAAUUCA